AUCUAGAAAAUGUAAGACGGGAUGUAAGAGCUACAGGAAUAGCUUCAAUUUUAAGAAAGAUAAAAUAUUGACAAUAAUGCGCAUAAUUCAGUUUUUUCAUCUGUAAUAGACAACAUCUAGUGAAGCAACUGCUGUGUAAACACGGUCCCCUUAUGUUGUGAUUGCGACACAUUAUGGACGGGUGGAGCCCCAUCGUUUCUACCGUAUAUGACAACGACAGAUCCAGCUCGGAAGGGGAAUACAUGAUCGAACCAGGACCUGAAAACGAAGCGCGAAAGGCGAUUGAGUGCGAGCAGCAGCAGCAGCAGCAGCAGCAGCGAGGCAGCAUGGACAUGAUGGAAGACGGAGGACCGGCUGUGGGUUUUGGCUUGAGUGGGACAGGGGACGGCAAGGUUCUGCUGGGUCGAGUGGGACGGAUGGACGAUAAAGAGCUUCGGUACUUGCAUUUGUUGUGGCAGCCAGGACGGGCAGAGGUGGGCUCCGGAGAGGGGCAAAAGAAGCUUGGGAAGGUGCUGGGUGGCAAGUCCAGGAGGCACCACCGGGCAGUGCGCAGUCUGGGUCCCAUUGGCAAAGAUAUUUAUGCUGUGAAAAGACUGAGAGAAGCAGCUAACAGCAAUGACAUUGACACAGUCCGAAGGCUUCUGGAGGAUGACAUAGACCCAUGUGCAGCAGAUGACAAGGGGAGAACAGCACUCCAUUUUUCUUCUUGCAAUGGAAAUGAAAACAUUGUGCAGUUAUUGCUGAGCUAUGGUGCUGAUCCUAAUCAGAGGGACAGUCUAGGAAACACACCUCUACAUUUGGCUGCCUGUACCAACCAUGUGCCUGUAAUCACCACACUGCUCAGAGGAGGAGCCCGUGUUGACGCCUUGGACCGAGCUGGUAGGACACCUCUACAUUUAGCCCGCUCCAAACUCAAUAUUUUACAAGAAGGAGAUUCUCGCAGCCUUGAAAACUUAAGGGGAGAGGUCACACAGAUUAUUCAGAUGUUGAGGGAGUACCUAAAUUUGAUGGGUCAGAGUGAAGCAAAGGAGAGACUCGAACACAUAUCGACACAGCUGCAGCACACACGCACUAAAGAACAGGUAGAUGAAGUAACUGAUUUGUUGGCCAGUUUUACGUCCCUCAGCUUACAAAAACAGAAUUUGGGAGAUAGGUAGAAAAGAUACGUAGAGAGCUGGAAUCUCUGUUUUUAAAUAAUUAUUUAAACGUGUUAAUUAAGUGACUGUUUAUGUUGAUCAGGUAUACCAUUGUGACCACUGACAGGCAAAGUCAAUAACACAAGCAGUGUUAUCUCUCCACCAUAGGAUGAGUUAAAAUUCUCUAUAAUCUAUAAAGAUUUCAGUGAUUUGAUGAAGACCAAAAUGUGGUUAGAUGACGAUGGCUCAGAGCAUCUACAAAGAAAUGGGAUUCACCAGAACAUGCUUUUACUGGAUUGAACUAAUAGGGUUAACACUAAUCUAUUACAAACAAACAACAAAUUUCUUCCACGUUCAUCACCACGCUCUCAUUACUCAGAAUUGCAGGGGGCUUGCACAGGCUCUACAACACUGUAUCUUUAAGGGUGCUUGAGUUUUGUUUUUAAAGUGAUUUCACUGUUAAUUCAGGUUUGUACAUCAUAUGAAUGAUAUCUGUGUAAUCCCUCAGUCGUCCUGGUAUGAUCCAUAGCAAAAUUUUAUUUUUUAAUUGCUAUGGAUCAUAUGUAUGACUUUGUCUUAUUGCCUUGUUCUGUGUGUUAUAUUAAAACUUGAUUUGUGUUCUGUGACUAAAAGGGAUAUUUGAGACAAUAAAUCUGUAUAUUUCAGAG